UUUUAUUUUAUUUUACCAUUCUCUCUUUAGUUUAGAAUCAAUCAAAUACAUCAUUUAUCUGCCGUAAAUUGGAAUGUAACAACCUAAUGUUGGCAUUACUGUAGAAGCGUCAAUGAAAUUGACAGUUCAGAGACGUAACAGACUUAACUCAUUUAUCCUGUUCUAACAAAUUACAACAGCAAUCAAGCUCAGCUUCUUUCUCUGUCUACAUCACAGAUAACCUUCCUCUUCAAUACAGUGAUGUAAAAAUCAAAAUAAAUUGUGAGAGCCGGAUUGGCCGUGAUGUGGAGUACUUUUCUUUGAUGUAGCGUUAUCUUGUCGUCUAUUAUUAUUAUUUACGUGCAUUGUUUACGGAAAUAAAAGUUUCAUGUGACUGGUGCUUCGAAAAAGUUAAAGACUGUCUUGGUUUAUUAGAGUCUCUAUUGUGAAAAUAAAUAAAGUAUAAGUAAAUUUCGAUUCUAUAAGCGCCUAUUUGCACUUAAUUGACAACGAAAUACGAUUGUGAUUUUAUUGUAUUGAAAAUAUUUAGGUGUUGUAAAUAAACGAAGCUUGAAGUUAUCAUAGAGAAGCCAAGAAAAUUCGUGUUGUUUUUUCUUAAUAAAGAAGAAAAGCUGAUACGAAAUUGAAUGUAAUCUCUACAAUCUCGAGGAGGCAACGUUCCCGCGGCGUCUCCAUUUUGCAUUAAAACAAGACUGAUAUUAAUGAUAGUUUAGAAUACAUUCCAAAACAUGAGAAUAUUCCUGUAGAUAGAUAAAUAAAAGAAUCAAGAUGUUUCAAUUAUUAGGUGGAUUGAGGGUGUAUUUCCAGUACCAACCGAUAAGGACUGACAAUGCCGUGUUCAGACUGCACAAUGUGUUCACAACGGUGUUAUUACUGACGUGCUCAAUGAUAAUUACCGCAUCGCAGUACGUAGGAAAGCCUAUAAUGUGUAUCGUUAAUGGAAUACCGGCGAAUGUGGUCAAUACGUUCUGUUGGAUCACGUCAACGUUCACAAUGCCAGAUGCUUUCGCAAGAGAGGUCGGUAAAGAAGUAGCGCAUCCAGGAGUCGGACCAGAAUUUGAAGGAACGGAGAAGAAAUACUAUACCUACUAUCAGUGGGUUUGUUUCGUAUUGUUUUUUCAGGCAAUAAUGUGCUACACGCCCAAGUUUCUAUGGGACGCAUUCGAAGGUGGGCUGCUCAGGACCAUCGUGAUGGGACUCAACAUCGGGGUUUGCCACCAAGAUGAGAAGGAAAAGAAGAAAGACGUCAUCAUUGAUUAUCUCCUUCGGCACGAGAGAACGCACAAGCUGUACGCCUUCCGUUAUUGGGGCUGCGAGUUACUAUGUCUCGUGAAUAUCAUUCUGCAAAUGUGGAUGAUGGAUAACUUCUUCAACGGGGAGUUUAUGUCGUACGGCACCAGGGUUUUGGGGUACAGCGAAGUCCCGCAGGAAGAAAGAUACGAUCCGAUGAUAUACGUGUUCCCUCGCAUGACUAAAUGCACGUUUCACAAGUUCGGCGCGUCCGGCAGCAUACAGACCCACGACAGUCUCUGCGUCCUCCCGCUGAACAUCGUCAACGAGAAGACGUACAUCUUCCUCUGGUUCUGGUACAUCAUAUUGGCGGUCGUUCUCACUCUGCUCGUCAUGUACAGACUGGUCAUAAUCUUCAUGCCGGCGGUGAGGCCACGGUUGCUGCACGCGAGGUCCCGGACCUUGUCUCUGGAGACGGCGGUGGCGGUCUCGCGCCGGACCGACCUGGGAGACUGGUGGCUGCUGUACAUGCUCGCCAGGAACAUGGACCCUCUCAUAUACAGGGAGCUGAUGAUAGACUUAGUUAAGCGUAUGGGAGAGAAGAUCCCGCCCAGGGCGUGACGGCGAGCGAGGACGCGGCGCGGCGCCCCCCCGACCGCUCCCCCCACCGCCCCCCCGACCGUCGCCGUCAUCGGCGCUCAACACUAGCGCCAUCUAGAACUGCUGUACGACAACUACAUUCUAAUUGUGAAAUACAAUAACGGGAGACGUGAAAGUGCUCGCAGAUUGUCCGCAAGUCGCUCACAUUGUUAUUGACUUGGCAAAAAAAAUAUUCCAUCUUUCCGUUAUUGUAUUAUGCAAUUAUCAAACCGUUAUUUAAGUAAGACAGUUGUUUAUUGUAGCUACCGCGGUAUACUAAAAUUGUUUUUUUUUUAAAUGGAUUCGUAUGAAAAGUUUUUAGAAGUCGAUCUAUUAAAAUUGUAUGUUAAAUUUUGUGUUGAUUAUCGAAGAAAUAAUCUAUUCGGAACUUCGAUUCUGAGAGGCAGCAUUUAUAAGGCGAAUCUGUAUGUAGACUCAUCGUUGUAUUGAGACGCCUUCCGAGGUGGUAGCGUUGUGCCCGAUCAGUGUGCUCAGUGUGAGUAUCUUAACGUUCUGGAUAGCGUAAAAGUUAACUCAAAUUUGUAUGCAGUUGGAACAGCGCCCCUAGCGGCAAACGUACGCAAACAAUCCCAUUCUAUACAAAUAGAAGUUAACUUUUACGCUAUCGAGAACGUUAAAAAACUCGCACAAAGCACACUUGUCUUUUAUACCUCUCGUUGGGGGAACGAAGUCAUUGACCGUCCGUUGAUAAGUUGGUACUGGUACUCAAUAAGCAUGCCUUUAAUUAAGAAUUUUCUGACGAGAACCAUUUAUAAAUACUAUCUGGUCUGAAAUCACUUUGCAACUGCCCAAAGAAGCGUCUCAAUUGUGAGGCCCGGACUAGGGAUCCGGACAGCAAUAAGUAUUUGAGACAAUGAAGCAUAAACUACACAACACUUGACUGAAAAUAAUCGGGAUCAAAAUGCACGAUUGGCUAAUCACACAAGUCGUACACACAUAUGACGUCACGCAAUAUUAUUGGUGUCAAUAUCGACGUGUAUUGCAAUUUUGUUUAGUGGUUUGAAUGUAUUUCUCAUUCGAAUCGACGUCUGGUAACUAGAAUCAAGUGAUUUGAUUAUCUAAUAUAUAUCUCUUGGAUUGUUUUGUUAUUGUUGUCCGUUUGCCUAUUGUGCUAUAUAUUAUUUGCUGCCCAUGCAAAACCGACGUCACGAUCCCGCUCAAAUAUAUGAAUUUUAUAAUUAUUUUAACGUAACCAAUAGUUUUUGUUAAGAAACACACUUUUUUAUACGUCAUUAACUUCUUUUUUUUUUUUUUGAAAGGAUAUUGUCACAACAAUAGCUAUAAGAUUCAAGAACGAUAUUUAUAAAGUUAUAAGUGUGAUCAAAGAGUUUUUUAUGCGGUUAAAGACUUAGGUUAAUAAUGACAACUUUUAUAGCUUUCAGUUAAACAAUAUCAUGUGUUGUUUUAAAAGUAAAAAAAAUAUAUGUUUGUGUGACUCACAAUUAUCAAAACUGUUUUUUUAAGUUAGUGAAUUUACAAAAAAAAAAUUGAUACUUUAAGGGUUAUGAUGAUACGAUUGCGUAUUGAGUUUUACAGAAGGAAUAAAAAACAAGCUUAAAAACAAAAAGGAGUUUCUCAAAGGACGAAAUAAUUCAUUCUUCGUCGUGAAGUCGAAUUAGUAAAGGAUCUUAUUAAUUAUCAAACAUUGAGAAGAUGUUCCUAAGAUAUUCCCGCGAAUUUUGGCAUCGUAUUUGUAUAUUGACGUCACUAUUCACUAUCGCGUGCUCUGUCGUAAACGAAAUUCAAAUUAUUUCGGAGUAGAUUUUAAUGUUUGAGUUCGGCGAUCGAUAUUCGCGGAUAGUUCUAUCUGAAAUAAAAUAUUAGUUAAGCUGCUGUCGAAUAUAUUUGAGACUUUGUUAAUUUGAAAAACAAAUAAAUAGAAUCUCGUUGGAAAUAUAAUAAAAAAUGAUUUUAUGAAACGUUGUGUUCUUAGAUAAAUACAAUGAAUCUGAGAGUCUCUCUCCUCCUACCUCAAGAAAGACAUUCGUAAUAAAAAUAUUUUUAUUUAUUUAUUUCUAGAUAAAUAUAACGAAGAUUUCGUUUCGAUCAUCGUGUUUUUGCAUCACAUUUACAAUGUUAUCAAUUCGUAUGAAAUCAUUUUUAAUGCAUAUAUGACUCUUAAAAAGAAUACGGACGUUUUACGGAUGUUUUAUAUAACAAUGAUCCAAAAUUGAUAAAUAUUUUUUAAUUUUUGUAAAUCCUAAUGAGGCAGCGCCAUAUUAUAAUAUAUUGAUAUAUUUGUAGACAAAGGUUUUUUAAUAACUUUUUUAAAACUUGCAAAAAUGAAAUGCGAUAGGAUUUUUUUUUUAAUAUUUCACACAUUUUCACUGAUUCUCAUUCGAUUCUGGGUUGUGCUUAGAAUGUUGAGUCUAGGGAAUAAGAAAAAUCGAGCCUAACAGAUAAAAGAUGGCGGCUUUACUUCUAAGUUAAAACUAACGCAGUUGUACUUGACUUGUUUGACCGCGACUUUCUUAAUGAGGCUAUAAUAAUUUAUCUAGAGCUCAAGAUGCUGUUCUGUGUGCAGAGGAAUAUACAAUCUAUUUUAUAUUUUUAUUACAAAAAAAAAGACAAAAAAUCUGACGACGAACUAGAGAUCACAUUAUCGCGUUUUCCUAAUCAUAUACCAUAAAAAAUAUCCUAUAUAUUAAUCUAAGUAGUAAAUUAUCUAUGUGCGAUAUUUCAUUCAAAACUAUUCGGUCUAUUUUGCGUGAACGAGUAACGAGCAUACUAACCUACGCAUUUAUAAUAUACUAGCUGUACCCGUCCGCUUCGCUGGGCAUCUGAAAUUAACAUUAUUAUUUCUCACUCCCACAAAUAUUCUCAUCAUUAACGCCCCCGCAACUGGUGUAGGGAGUCCAACACUCAUAUAAAUAUUAGCCUAUCCAUUAAGUACAUGUAUUUUCUACAUGGAUACCAAGUUUCAAGUCAAUCGGAUGUAUGGUUCAGUAGUUAUAACGGAACAUCCGUAGAAACCACUAAAUUUAUAUAUUUGUAUAGAUUAGACGUUAGUUCUAACAAAGUUCAAAUUUCAUUCGUCCGCGGACACGUAAACUCUUAAAUUGUAGAAACAUCGGAAAUAAAAUAAUUAACUCAAAAAAUCCAAGAUAAUUUUCGAGUUUUUUUUCUUUUUCUCGUGGAUUGGUUCUUUAUUGCAUAUACAGUUUAUAAUCCAAUUUUUAUGUUGUCGUUAGUGAAUGUUAAAUAAAAAAAAAACAACAUGGCUGCCUGUACCUCUGAUAGAGAGAGAGAGCUUUUAAUUAUUUUCAUUGUUUGGAUCUUUAUUGCAUAUCACGAUCUGACCGGCUAUAAUCUGUAUUUAUUUUCUUCGUUCUCUAAACGUAAUCACUGCCAUGAAAACUUUUCAAGUUAUAUUUUCAACGCUAAAGACAUAUUGUAUUUACAUAUCAUAGCAAUGUUUUUAUUUAUUUUUUUAUUUUAACGUAAUCUCAAGAAUUGUUCGUAUUUAAAUAUUAAGUAUGUAUGUAUUAUUAAUUGAAAUGUAAAUCUCAAAAUUAAGUGAAGCAUAAUUAUAAGAGUUUUCACAGAUAAUGUGAUACUCUGUAAUGUUUUUUUUUCAUCACAAUUAUUUUUAAAUUCUGAAUUGACUAUGUUUUUAUUUUUGUAUGCGUAAGUAAUAAUGAACCGUAAUUAUAUAACGUCGUUCAUUAUAUUAAUGAAAGUAUGUUUUGGUAACGAUUUGUGAAUUUUGAUUGUGAAGAGUUUAGUGAAGUGAAUUUUGAAUGUUUUUUGUUUCGGAAAUUUUGUGAAUAGAUUUUAUAAUGUUCUUGUACAAUUUUACAUGGCAGCAGUAAUAUUGUGAAUGAACACGUAUCGAUCUACCUAUUCCUGACUAUUUUACUCCAAUGGUAGAGUUUUUCUGCCUAUUCCUGCCUAUUUUACUCUGAUGGUAGUGUCUACCAGUGAAAUCGUACAACACUCCACUAUACAAUAAUUUGACAUUGAAUCUCUUCACAAUCGUCCUAUUAUACAUAUGUAUGUUAAGCUCACGAACAAAAUGACUGUUUUAUAUGGCCUUAGUAUGUAUAUGCAUGUGUAGAAAAUAAGUUGACUAUUGUGGUCCUUUUGGACUGAGUUUGUGAACUUCAACAUUCUGCCGUCCGCUUCGGAUAUUAGAAAGAGACAUAAUCAUAAUCGGCUAAUGUUGUCCUUUUCGCACGACCGACGCGCGAACGGCGACAAUUAGUGCGUUAAAGAUGGCGGCAAACUAUAUUUUUAUUUGAAUAUUUGUUUAAUUAAUUUUACACAUUCUUUUAAUAUGAAUCUUUUUCAAUGAUUGACAGUUAUAAUUGUCAAAACUCAAGCUAGCCGUCUCUUUCUAACUUUGGCAGUACAGAACCGAAGCAAAAGGCAGCUAGCUCAUUAAUUGUAAUAUGCGAUUUUGCAAUAAUGGACUUUAAAAUUAGGUCGCGCAAGGCUUAGAUUUGUACGUAUGUUUUACGAAUGUAUCGUUGACAUAUCUGUUCGUUUUUACGAAUGCUCUCCAAUAUUGAACCUUAAGGGUAUACUUGUAAAACGUUAAUUCGACUGCAUUUAAUUAUUAGUAAGGGAUAUUGUGUAUUCUAUUUCUUUGCUGUUAAAGCUUAUAAUGUUAAUUUUGAUCCGCUUGGGUUUAAAUGGGGAGGAGAAUCUCCUAGACUUUCUAAUUGUUGUGAAAGCAUCAGUAUCCUGUCGUUUUUGAUAGGGUCUAUGGGCCUCAUUCCACACCACGCGACCGGCUCGUUUUCCUAUAUACGGCAAUAUAAAACACGAGCAAUUAGUUUGCAUUAAUUCUGCCGCUUAUACCGAAGCGAAUGUGGCGCACGGCAUUUAUAGCCGAGACGUCGGUGAUCAUCCUCGCGAGCACACUAUCUAUCUUCCAGCAUUUCAAUUUUAUUUAUAUAUAAAGCGAACGAAUUAUGAAGAGCAGUUCGGUUUUAAAUUUAAUGUGAUUAAAAUUUGUAGUGUCAAGAAAAUCGUGUCGAGCGAAAGUAGCUCUUACGCAAACGUGUUGUGAUCUGAAGAUCGUGUUCAUUUUAAUUAGACUUCCAAUAUUUGGUAGCUUUAUAUUUACAAUUUAUGUAACUAUUAUGGGAAUGUAGAUUAUGAUUUUGCGUAGGAUCGUUAAUGUUUUGUAUCGAUAAAGUGCGGCUCGAUUUUUUUUUAAGAAUCGAUUUUUAUCGAUUCUUUUUAAGACUCAAGGUCAAGGUCAAAUGUAAAUGAGAAAUUCAAUUUACGUUAUUAGUUUUGAAUAACAACAUAUAUUUUGCUGGCAACAACUUUUGUAAAACCUCCGUCGAGGUAUAUAAAAAUUAAGUAUAUUAAGAAGUAAUAAUUGAAAUCAAGUCAGUAAAGUUCUAUGACAUGCUUGAACCUCUCCGGUUGCGAUGAAAUGGGCUCUGUCUCGUUGUUGUAUUACGAGUUUAGGCGUAGAAUUUAAUUGCAAACCUUAGAACAGUGACGUCAUAAUUCAAUAGCGUUCUGUCGCGCGUUCUGUGUAGCGUGCAUAACAACAAAUAAAAAUACAUUUCACUUUAUUAGUAAGCAGAUUUUGAUUUUGUGUUGUCUAGAGUCAAAACAUAUCACAAUAUACGCGGAAAAACAAUAUCAAUUCAUCAUGGAUGAAUGACUAAUUUGUUUUUGUCCGCACCAAAAAUAGACUGGUUUUGCAUAAUGAUGACCUUACAAAUACUGCAACUUAUCUGUCUUAAAUGUCAUAGAAAAUUCAGGCCUAUUUAAAGUCGGUUAAGGUAGCUCACAAAAACUGACAAUUUUUUUUUGUGCUGUCGAUAAACAAUGAUUCUUGAAAAACUUGUCACUUCUAUUAUUUUAUCUUGCAUUUUGAUUUCGCAAUAUUAUUUAUUAUAGUUAACAAUCAAAACAUUUUUUCUAAACACCCUUUGUAUAAUAAUAACAGAAGUCUUUGGGAAUAGCCCAGAGAUUUGUGAUUGGGAAACAAACAUUCAAAUUAAAAACAAUAUUCAGUCAAGGGUCUUAUUAGGUUAGCGUCUUAGAAAGUUUUUCUUGAAUUCAAAUUUUAUAUACUAAAUAAUGGAUGCAAUGGUAUGGUAUCAAUAAAGACUUGGGCUGCAUGAGCCAAAUCUCCUUUAAUUUUUAGGUGGAAUAAUAAAAAAACCAUGGUUGUGUUUGAAAAAAUCCCUGAGAAUAAUCAAGAAACAUUUAAAAUGUCCUUCAGCUGAUUCUAAUUGCUUUUUUGUUCAUUUACUUUGAGGUUUCUCAAUUUUUUAGUUUAGUCCUUACGUAGAACGAAUGGUUAACCGAAUUAUUUCAUAUAUAAAUUUAGUAUAUUCCUUUAUAGAAAAGGUUAUUAAGUGAUUUGCUUCAUUUACAAAUUGGUUCGUUUAUUUUUAUCUUUUACAUCACUACAUAUAUUUUCAAGGCCUUUGGCAGGAAUAACGUGUCUUAAUUUUUUUCUCAAAAUUGUAAUGGUUCUUGGGAAACCAUUGUUGCCAUUGAGGAGUUUAUAUAAAUCAUCAAUUAUUAUAUACAUGCAUAAGUAUCUAUAUUAUAUUAUAUUGUACCCUGUUUAUGAAAAAUGAUUUGAAACGGAUUGAAAUCAAGUUAAUUUAUUUGAAAUUUUAAUUAAUUGGGCAUGAAACGAGACGACUUUAAAUAAUGUCCCAGUAAAAUAGUCGAAUUUACUGAGACUUUAGUUGUUCUUUUUGGACCAAACCGCGUUGAACGAUUUUGUUCCAUUCUCUCACUUUUGUACUUUCGCAGACGCUAAAGGCUUAAUUAGCUAUCGUUAUUCCACUUUAUAACCCGAAGAAACCCUGAAUGAUCAAACUAAAACAAUUCAGACAAAUUUUGCUAUUCGCUUCGCGUUCCCGCCAAUAAAUCUAGCAAACGUCUUGUUUUCACGACGUCUCCGACUUGGCAGCUGUCAGUUUUGACGUUUUACAUUUUUGUAAUGCGGAGAAUCGAUUAAGUAAUCUCGUCAAUUGUAUUAGUUAAAUUUACAUUAUUUAUUUUGAAGCCAUUAUUGUGUCGUUAUAAUUUUAAUGAUGUAUGUAUUAUGUAAUCUAAAUUAAUAAAAAUAUUAUUUUUCUUAGUUCUAUACUUUUAAGUUGAGAGUAAAUAAAUGACUUGAUUUUUAUGAA